GUAUUUUUGUGGACCUUACUGUAAAGUGAGAACAAUAUGACAUUUAUUCCCAUGCUGAGUGUAUGCAAAAGUCUGACCACAACGGUAUGUAAAUGGUAAAAUAGUCCAUCCAUCCACCACAUUUUAACUGCUGUAAAUGCACAUAUGUUAUGCUUAAAUAUGGGACACCGAGUGCAUGUAAUGUCGCCCUCUGCUGGCCGUUAGAAGUGAGGGAGAUGCAUGUAAGAUAUAUAAUAUCGAGGUAGAUUUCUGUUUACCUCUCAAUUUAAUUUACUUACGUUUUACAAAUGAAGUAUAAAAGCACAACUAUUUAACUUGUAUUUAAACCAUUUGGUUUAUGUAAGAAUAUCUACAGAUAUUUGUGAAAAUUUUGUAUCGAUCCGAUGCUAACCUCGGAAUCGACACACUCGCUGCUGGUUAGCAUCAGGUCAGUCACGUGAUUAUCCUUAGCAGGCUUCAAGUCUUAAUGUAAUAAUCCAAAUAAUGUUUAUUUAAGCACAAAUGAGUGUUCUUGUGGGUUGAAACAUUUUGUACAAUGGAAGAGUGGUUUAUAUAUUUUUUUUAUGAUGAGUCAAAACUGCCGACAGUGUUUAUUCGUCGUCGUCACGACGCCAGCUGUGGGGAGUUUCCGCACUUUCGCCACACAAUUUUUUUUGCACAUGUACCCUGGCGGUAAGUGUUGGUGUUGGUUAGUGUCGGAGCAGGCGUCUCAAUGGAGCCACACACGUUUCUUUACGAUGUACCUCCGUUGGUCAUUGAACAAUUCUCUCAACUAAUGGACACUGGAUGUUGCCGCUAUGGAUGGCGCGGACUCGCGGCCAGAAUCUGCCCGAGCUUCUCUGAGGUCCGCGUGUUUGAGCGUAUGGAGGCAGGGGGUCGCAGUCCCACCAAGGAGCUGCUGUGGUCCUGGGCCCAGCAGAACUCUCGAGUGCAGGACCUGCUUUGGGUACUACAGGACAUGGGCCACCAUCGGGCCUUGCAGCUCUUACUGGGUCAUUGUCAUCCAGUUAAAGAAAGGCCUUUGCCCCUUAUCAAUGAAUAUGAGUCAGCAGCUGACACGAAGGAGUCAGGCACAUUGGAGAUGAGUCGUUCCCAGGAAACAUUCAUUCAAAGGGAACACCAGACACAAAUCACGUGGCAAAACAUCCUCAGAGGAACCAGAGAUUUUCACCGUGAAGCAAAAAUUUCAGAGGGCAGCUUCUCUGACGUCUACGAGGCACGGGUGGGAGGCAAAACAUUUGCUGUGAAACUUUUCAAACAGGUAAACAACACGUCCUGGAAGAAGCUGUGGGAUAUUUUCAGGAAAGAAAUGGAAGUCAUUGGAUUGUGUCGACAUCCAAACAUUCUCGAGUUGUUGGGUUGUUUUUCCGAUGAGAGACGCUACUGUGUGGUCUAUCCAUACAUGCGCAAAGGAUCGCUCUUCCGCAGACUACAUCGUGAGGACGGCGUACCUCCGCUUUCCUGGCAGGAACGUCUUGGCAUCAUAAAGGGAAUCGCCAAGGCCCUGCAUCAUCUCCAUGAAUCUCAACCACGUGCGGUCAUCUACGGGAAUCUCUCCAGUUCCAACAUUCUCUUCGAUGAAGCCAUGCAACCCAAGCUUGGCGAUUUCAGUUCGCCUCGACUCCGCCCUCAUCCGGCCGGCCAUUGUCAUACAGUCACCCUGCAUACGGGUUCCCAUGGCAACUUGGAUUACCUGCCUGAGGAGUACAUCCGGCAGGGCAAACUCUCCUGCAGCGUGGAUGUCUACAGCUUCGGAAUGGUUGUAAUGGAAACAAUAACAGGACGUAAAGUCAUAGAGGAGGUGCCUAAACGUACGGCGCUGAGGUCGAUGCUCAUCUCUGAAGUGGAGGACAGUGGAGUCGGCGUUGAUGCUUGUCUGCCGUUCUUGGAUGCAUCAGCUGGUCAGUGGCCAUCUUCUGUGGCACGCAGUCUCUUGGACCUUUCAUUGCGGUGCACGGCCAGUCACCAACGUGACAGACCCAGCAUGGAGAACGUUCUUCAGACACUGAGUCAGCUGCUUCCACCGCCAAGCUGCUGCUCUUUGGAUGGACCUCUCAGUCUGGAGGAUGGAGCCCGUAUUCGUAUCCAGCACAUGCCCAGCGUGCCCGUGGAGCACGACGAACAGUCCGGCGUCCCCACCUCUCCAACACAGACGAGGCCGUGCGAAUGCAGCCAGUCAGAGGUGACAUAUCUAAGUGUCACCGAGGCAGAUCAUGUUGACACGUCCACCGGGGAUGGGAACAAAAGCUGGCCGGUGCAGUGCAGCUGCCAAGCUGCAACAGGCGAUCUCUGUGAGGACUGCGUGGCAAAUGCUUUUACCGGCACUUAUACACAUUUCUCAGAGUAACGGGCUAUCGUUUCAUCUCCUGUGUUUUAAAGAGGCUACUAUGUAUGUGGUGCUACUGUGUUAAUACUUAAUACAUAUCUAAAUUUAUGCUAAACAAUAAAUUUUGGGCGGCAAUCGUGUGUGUAUGCCCCAACUCCUGAAAUUCCAAUUUUCAGGUGUAGCCCAAACGCAGCGUGAGCUGUCCCGGAAAAAAGUGUUUGUCCAGCUUUCAAAAUAAACCUCAUGGGUGCUAAAUACGGUUGAAUUGUACAUUUAUUCCAUUUUUUGUUAUUUAGAAAUCAUUUUAUAGUAUAAUAUA